UUUUCUAUUCUACAUUCUUUAAAAUAAAAAAAUAAUAGAACCGUUAAUCUGAAAAAAAACUUCAGAAAUAUUUGAACAGUGUGCUAAAGUCAGUCAUAUGGGGCUCUACUUUUCAAGAGCGUCUAUAUUUUUUGAAAAAAAUCAGGUAGCCAUUUCCGGAGAACAAGGGAAGAGGAAGAGGCAAACGAAGGGCUUGGAUUGGAGGAAGUGAAUAGGAAUUUGCAUUAUAAUGCCUGUGGAGUAAAGAAUAUUUGAGCAGGGAAAGCCACGCAAAAUGUACAGCGGAUCCAGUGAUGGUGAGGGCAAUGAUGGCCUCUCGAAGAAGAUUUCCCAAGCUUCGUCGAUGCCCUGGGUUCGCAACUUACGCAGAUACAUUGGAUCUGGAGCUGGUUUGGGUUCUGAGGCUCUCAUGGAACUGGAAACAAAAAGGAUUCUUCUUGAACUUUUCAAAGAGCGACAACAGAGGACUGCAAAUAUUGGGACAAUUCCUAGCUUCUACAGAAAGAAGCCUUCUGAGGGAUCUAUUGCUUCUAGGGUUCAAAGAUUGGCAAAGUUCAAGUUUUUAAAGAAGCAAUCAGAUUUACUAUUAAAUGCAGAUGAUCUAGACACCAUGUGGGUAUGCUUGCGAGAAAAUUGUGUCAUCGAUGAUUCAACUGGUGCUGAAAAGAUGAACUAUGAAGAUUUUUGCCACAUAGCAUCUGUUUGUGUAGAUCAAGUUGGUCCAAAAUGUCGGCGUUUUUUCUGUCCAUCAAAUUUUAUGAAGUUUGAGAAGGAUGAGUCUGGGAGGAUAGCUAUCUUGCCAUUUUACCUUUAUGUUAUGCGCACGGUUUCUCUGACCCAAGCACGAAUAGAUAUGAGUGAGCUUGAUGAAGAUGCAGAUGGUUUCUUGCAGCCACAUGAAAUGGAAGCUUACAUAAGAGGCCUUAUUCCAAAUUUGGCACAGCUCCGUGACAUGCCUACUGCUUUUCUCCAUAUGUAUUGCCGUAUUGCAGCUCAUAAAUUCUUUUUCUUUUGUGAUCCUCACCGACGAGGGAAGCUGUGCAUAAAGAAGGUUUUGUUAAGUAAUUGCCUCGCGGAACUAAUGGAGUUACACCAGGAAAAUGAAGAGGAAGUUGUUGAUAGUGACCAGGGCGAGAAUUGGUUUUCUUUAGCAACAGCUCAAAGAAUUUGUGAUAUGUUUCUUGCAUUGGAUAAGGACAUGAAUGGGACAUUGAGCAAGCAAGAACUUCGGGAUUAUGCUGAUGGCUCCCUCACUGAUAUCUUUAUUGAACGUGUAUUUGAUGAGCACAUCCGUUGUGGUAAAAGUGGUGGAGGAAAUGGUCGUGAAAUGGAUUUUGAGAGCUUUCUUGACUUUGUUUUGGCUUUGGAAAAUAAAGAUACACCCGAGGGCUUGACAUAUCUCUUUCAUUGCCUUGAUCUCAAUGGAAGAGGAUUCCUCACAACGGCAGAUAUUCAUACCCUUUUUAGGGAUGUGCAUCAGAAAUGGAUCGAAGGUGGAAAUUAUGAUCUCUGUAUAGAAGAUGUUAGGGAUGAGAUCUGGGAUAUGGUCAAGCCGUGCGAUCCUCUGAAGAUCACUCUUACAGAUUUGCUUUCAUGCAAACAAGGGGGCACUGUAGCUAGCAUGCUAAUAGAUGUCCGUGGCUUCUGGGCUCAUGACAAUCGUGAAAGUCUUUUACAGGAGGAAGAGGAAGUAGAGGAAGAAUGAAAUUUUCUUUAAUUCUAUUGAGUGGUUGUCUUUGGUAUCACCAUGCCUCUUGAUAUUAGAAUAUAAUCUGGAGUCCUUACUGUCACUAGACGUGGCUAUUAACUGUGCAAUGCUGCAAUUGGUUGGGAAUGCAAAUGAAUGUGCACAAGGACAAAGGCCUCUUUUAAUGUUAUGAAUCUUGCACUUUUGUCAUUUCUUGUUUGGAAUCGUGUCAUAUCCACGUAUUCCUUCCUAAUAUUGAAUAGAUUAUAUCCAAGAAUAGAAUAUCCAUGAGACUAACAUUCUGUGUUCUUACAAAUCGUUGCAAUUAAUAUUAUUUCUGGGUUCAUGGGGGCAUGUUACUUGGACCUACUAAUCAGAUGAUAUGUAACUAAAUACACAUUCGAGAGUAUUUCCUUGCCCUGGAAAGCCUAGACCUGUGAUUUCUCCUCGAGUGUUGUAUAGUAGCAUUUCAUUAUUUCACAUAUAUGUAUUAAUUUACAGCUGAUGUUAUAUUUGUU